ACCAUGAAGUACCAGCCAUUGAAUGGCUUGCCACUGGCAGGAGAGUUACCUCCCUUGGAUUGACAGUGCAUGUCAACAAAACACAUGUCAUUGAAGAUUUGCUGUACAUAUAUUCAGUAGCUGUGACAACAUGUCUCCAUACAGAGGAGCCCUGAGACGUUUAAUGAGGGCAUACCCGACACUCAACUUGAGGAUUGAUGUAAACGCCUCCCAACACGAGGCUGACGUGGUGCUGCCAGGUCUUCGUUAUGAAGACAUUGAUUAUACAGGGCAGCCUGACAUCUGGAGGAUCUACGAUAUGAUGGGAAGAGUGGAGUUUGCAGCUUUCUUCCAAGACUACUCUUUCGUGGACUUCACCUCUCUCUACAAGAAGGGAAUCGGUGCCUUCGCUAAGGCUGUUAGUGUCGAGAUAAAGAAGGGCUUUUACAAGACAACAACACCCAAAGCUCCACUGCAUGUGCAGCUGAAACUCGACCACAUAGGGGAGACAACUUUCACCAUCAAAUCUUCACUAUCAACUGGCGGAAAACACUUACCAUCGGUAAACAUACAGAGUCUUUACACACUGCAGCAUGUGGAGAGCAAAUUGGUUGAGAAGAUACCCGACUGGUGGAAAGUAAAAUUUGCACCUCAUAUUGCAGCUGAUGCUCAGAAACUCAUCAUCUAUCCCCCCAUGGAUAUUCCGAAAAAAGUGUUCACCCACUCUCUCACUGUACCGCGGAUAGACACAGAUAUUCACACACGGACACGAUGUUCAUCGUAUGCCAAGUAUUUCAUGGAUAAUGCCAGCAUCGCUUCACACCGAGGCUUUUAUCCUAACAUGUCAACAUCUUUUCAUGAACUGCUUGUCAAGAAAAUGAAAAUGGUGUAUUUUUCAGCCAGCAGCUGGGGUGACAUGUUGACGGCAGAAACGUGGGAGGAUGAGGAUGUUCCACGGACAUUACACUGUAAUGUCAUCAAGCAGGGACAUCACAUCUGGUACGGGUCAAUGGUGUUUCAUUCAGAACCUUCCCGCCUCUCUGAACCAGGUUCUACGUAACUCAGGAAGAAAGGGAAAUUGAUGGUUUGAUCAUGAAUUUCCAUUUUAACAGUUCUUAUACCAGAACAAUCAAAUUUGGAAAAGCGAAAUCUCUUCCAGUAAAACUCCCGUUUUAGAGUGUAAAGCCUUUUUAUUAUUAUUCAGUUUGGGGAUAAAAGAAUAAACGGCAAUGGUCAAGAUAAAAUAAAAUUCCAAAAAAAUAUUUAAGUUCCCUAAGUAUGUUUAGGAGGAUGAAAUAAGAAUGUUGAAAUGUAGGAUGUGUGCUGUAAGAGUGUCUUUGUGAAUGACAAGUUAAUGAGAUCCUUUUCCAUCAAUUAACUUACAUUUUAGGUCAUAAUAAUUUGUUUCAUCCCCACCUGCCUCAGACUGAAACUCAAGACAGAUUAAACAGUGUUUUCUUCUUUGUUUACUUGAUGACAUACACCACAUGCAAACGGUCAUGCUUCCUGUUGACAGUUAAUGUACACAGAUGACUUGAACAGUUUGCUAAAAAGAAAUUAAGUUUUGUGGUGACAGGCUUGGGCUUACUUUAUCCUCAGUUGACUAGAACUAUUGGUGAUGAAUCUGUGUGCAUAACUAGUGAAGAAGUGAACUUAUCAGUAUUGGUGAUGAAUCUGUGUGCAUAACUAGUGAAGAAGUGAACUUAUCAGUAUUGGUGAUGAAUCUGUGUGCAUAACUAGUGAAGAAGUGAACUCAUCAGUAUUGGUGAUGAAUCUGUGUGCAUAACUAGUGAAGAAGUGAACUUAUCAGUAUUGGUGAUGAAUCUGUGUGCAUAACUAGUGAAGAAGUGAACUCAUCAGUAUUGGUGAUGAAUCUGUGUGCAUAACUAGUGAAGAAGUGAACUUAUCAGUAUUGGUGAUGAAUCUGUGUGCAUAACUAGUGAAGAAGUGAACUCAUCAGUAUUGGUGAUGAAUCUGUGUGCAUAACUAGUGAAGAAGUGAACUUAUCAGUAUUGGUGAUGAAUCUGUGUGCAUAACGAGUGAAGAAGUGAACUCAUCAGUAUUGGUGAUGAAUCUGUGUGCAUAACUAGUGAAGAAGUGAACUUAUCAGUAUUGGUGAUGAAUCUGUGUGCAUAACGAGUGAAGAAGUGAACUCAUCAGUAUUGGUGAUGAAUCUGUGUGCAUAACUAGUGAAGAAGUGAACUCAUCAGUACUGGUGAUGAAUCUGUGUGCAUAACUAGUGAAGAAGUGAACUCAUCAGUACUGGUGAUGAAUCUGUGUGCAUAACUAGUGAAGAAGUGAACUUAUCAGUAUUGGUGAUGAAUCUGUGUGCAUAACUAGUGAAGAAGUGAACUCAUCAGUAUUGGUGAUGAAUCUGUGUGCAUAACUAGUGAAGAAGUGAACUUAUCAGUAUUGGUGAUGAAUCUGUGUGCAUAACUAGUGAAGAAGUGAACUUAUCAGUAUUGGUGAUGAAUCUGCAGGUUAAUCUUGUGUUUGUGUGUCCCCUGUAUCUUCAGGGCUGGCAUUUCGGUAAACCAACAAUAACCCCUGGAUCCAUCCCCAUGGUUCUCGCGAUCUCAAAUUACCUGCCUUGAAUUUCAUUAGCCAAUUUGAAUUGCUACGCUACUCAGUCUAAUGGACCAAUCAGAAUGUGAGUUACAAACCAGCCUCAAUGUUGGGAUAGCGACAUCAACAACAUGGCGCCCAGUCCCAUUGAUUACGACAGAGUUUGCGCGAAAUUCAAUUUUGAAAAUCUGACCGACACGUAAAAGAAAGCCCUAAAAAAUCUUUUUGACGAAAAGGAUGUCUUCAUGUACAUUAAACUGACGGUUGCUUUGGUUUCUAGGCACUAUGAGUUACGUCCCUUACCCAUUUUCUUUUUCUUAUCUUGAUGUUUGAUUGGUCUGUAAAAUGUUAAUGAAAAUCAAGGGCGGGUAAUUUGAAAUUGAGAGAACAAUGGGAAUGGAUCCUGUGGUUAGUGUAGGUUUAGCAAAAUGCAAGCCCUGGACAUACAGUGGAUGGUGUUUGUGAAUCUCAGAUUGUAUUUCAUUCCUUGUAGCAUGUUGAUGUGGAACAGGUGAUCAUGUAAAUAUGCUGGAUUGUUUUGUCUAUUAUUUCCUCAUUUAUCGAGCAUUUGUUUUCUUUGGAACAACUGGCAGCUACCAGGUAAUCUGGACCACCUUUAUGACAAAUGGGGGCACGGGUGGCCCAGUCGUUUAAGGAGCCGCGAUUCGCUGUGCAGAGUUGCGUCCCUUGGGCACGCCAGAAACCUAUGAUUGUGGGUUUGAAUCCCGGUUCGCCCUGAAUAUGUUU